AUCUGUGAUAGACUGGAGCAGUGUAUGCAGUGGAAUUUUCUCAAAGAAGUGGGAGGGACUUGGUCAACAUGGCUAAAAAGAGAACAAAUAUCAUGCCCAUCAUUGAGGAUGCUAGACAUCCAUCAAAGUAUCGAAUGUUAGUUGGCAUAGUAGAUGUCAUAUUUUCAGAUGUUGCUCAGCCCGAUCAGGCAAGAAUAUUAGCUUUGAAUGCAGCUUAUUUCCUGAAAACAGGAGGUCCUUUUGUGCUCUCAAUAAAGGCAAAUUGCAUCGACUCCACCAUGCCUGCUGGCAAAGUAUACGAUAGUGAAGUUGACAGGUUGAGGGCGGAUCUGCUGAAGCCUGCAGAGAUGGUGGCAUUAGAUCGAUUUAAGAGAGACCGUGCCUGCGUCGUUGGCAGUUACAGAGUGCCAAAGAAACAAAAAACUUCUGCCUGACAACUGUUGGAGGUUCAACGCUUGGAUCCCCACUUCCUCAGCCAUUUAGCUUAAAAUUUAGAAUUAUCUCUCUGGGCUUUGCCCUUUCAUUUGAAGAGUUUGUCGGACUUAUUUGUAUCAAGACUUGUGAGUGGAGUCAUUGACUACUAUUGAAGGCUUUUAUAUCAUUUUUUACUUUCAUCA